AUAAAGCCGAGCCUGGCGCAUCCCGGAGCAUCCAGGGGCUCAGCCGGCAGCGGGGACAUGGAAAACGCUCGGCUCUGCCUGCUCUGCCUGCUGGGCUCCGGCCUCAUCCUGCUCGGCACCCCCGAACCGGCACCGGAGCUCCGGCCCCCCCCGAGCCCGCCCGGGCACAGCCGGGAGGAGACGGAGCUGGUAAGGGGCUGGGGAGGGGCGAGCAGGGGGUUCCCAGCACCCCCCAGGCUGAGCUGGGUGCCCUGGUGCGAGCCCCGGGAGCCGUGCGCGGUGCGGCGCGGGGCGCGCAUCGGGAAACUCUGCAGCUGCCCCCGCGGCACCUCCUGCAACCUCUUCAUCCUCAAGUGCUCCUGAGGGAGCGGGGACAUGGAGGGACACCGGGGGACACGGAGGGACACCGGGGGACACGGAGGGACACCAGCUGCCACCCGCCUGCGCCCCGGGCGGGGGAGGGAGGGGGAGCCGCGGGCCCCCAGCCCCCUCCCCGCACCGGGAUGGACCCGCACAGCCCCCCCGGUGCCCUGGCCCUGGGGCUGGCGGUGUCCAGACAUUAAACCAUUGGA